AAUAAAACCAAAGUCCAAACGAAGUUGGAUAGGCGGAGGGAAGUAGCAAACAAAAGACAACAAAGCAACACAAGAACAAGAGAAUCUGCUUGAACAGCACAAAGGGGCUUAAUCUCUUCUUCAAGUUAUUUGGGUUGUUGAAGGGUUUAAGCUUCUCAUUUUUAAAUUUCAUUUUCCAUUAUUUUAUUUUGAUUUGUUUCAAAGGAAUACCAGCAAAGAUUGUAGUGGAAGGAGGAGAAGUUGGAAACUUUGUUGCUGAAUUUGAAUGGUCUUUAUUGGGGAAGGGUGGGAGUAGAUCCAGAAGCAAACCCAAGUCUCUGAUCCGAUCAGUUCUCUGUUUAAAUGGCUGUUGCUAUGAGUUUAGUGGUUGGAUCUCUUGUUUGGUUGGAGGACCCCGAAGAAGCUUGGAUAGAUGGUGAAGUUGUGGAGGUUAAAGGUGAACAGAUCAAGGUUCUCUGCACUUCAGGGAAAACGGUUGUUGUUAAAGCUUCCAAUAUCUAUCCUAAAGAUGCUGAAGCCCCACCCUGUGGAGUGGAUGAUAUGACAAAGCUGGCUUAUUUGCAUGAACCGGGUGUUCUAGAUAAUCUACGAUCAAGAUAUGAUAUCAAUGAAAUAUACACAUACACAGGGAACAUUUUGAUCGCCGUGAAUCCUUUUAGAAGAUUACCUCAUCUUUAUGAUAGUCAUAUGAUGGCACAAUAUAAAGGGGCAGACUUUGGUGAACUGAGCCCACACCCGUUUGCUGUUGCAGAUGCGGCAUAUAGACUUAUGAUAAAUGAUGGAAUAAGUCAGUCAAUAUUGGUUAGUGGAGAGAGUGGGGCUGGUAAAACAGAAAGCACCAAACUGCUUAUGCGCUAUCUUGCUUACAUGGGAGGGAGAGCUGUUGCUGAAGGGAGGACUGUUGAGCAGCAAGUGUUGGAGUCAAAUCCUGUUUUAGAAGCAUUUGGAAAUGCGAAGACUGUUAGAAACAAUAACUCCAGUCGUUUUGGUAAGUUUGUCGAGCUUCAGUUUGAUCAGAGUGGGAGGAUCUCCGGAGCGGCUAUAAGAACUUACUUGCUUGAAAGAUCACGCGUUUGUCAAGUCUCCAAUCCUGAGAGAAAUUAUCAUUGUUUCUACAUGCUUUGUGCUGCACCACCAGAGGAUGUUAAGAGGUACAAAUUGGGACACCCUAAAACAUUCCAUUAUUUAAAUCAAUCAAAUUGCUAUGAGUUGGAUGGGGUUGAUGAUUCUGAAGAAUACAUUGCAACAAGGAGGGCAAUGGAAGUUGUUGGUAUGAGUUCUAAUGAACAGGAUGCAAUAUUUCGAGUUGUGGCAGCAAUUCUGCAUCUUGGAAACAUUGAAUUUGCAAAGGGAAAGGAAAUGGACUCGUCCAUGCCAAAGGACGAAAAAUCUUGGUUCCACCUAAAAACUGCUGCUGAGCUUUUCAUGUGUGAUGUGAAGGCACUAGAAGAUUCUCUAUGCAAACGUGUAAUUGUAACUCGUGAUGAAACGAUAACAAAAUGGCUGGAUCCAGAAGCUGCAGCCAUCAGUAGAGAUGCUCUGGCUAAAAUUGUGUACUCCAGGUUGUUUGAUUGGCUUGUGGAUAAGAUUAACAGUUCAAUUGGUCAAGACCCUCAAUCUAAGUUCUUAAUUGGGGUCUUGGACAUUUAUGGAUUUGAGAGCUUCAAAACUAACAGUUUUGAGCAAUUUUGCAUCAAUUUGACAAAUGAGAAGCUUCAACAACAUUUCAAUCAGCACGUUUUCAAAAUGGAGCAAGAAGAAUAUACAAAAGAAGAGAUUGACUGGAGUUACAUUGAGUUUGUUGACAACCAAGAUAUUCUAGAUCUAAUUGAAAAGAAACCUGGUGGCAUAAUUGCUCUUCUGGACGAAGCUUGUAUGUUUCCAAGAUCAACACAUGAAACAUUUGCCCAAAAGUUAUAUCAGACAUUCAAGAAUCAUAAGCGCUUCACUAAACCAAAAUUAUCACAAAGUGACUUCACAAUUUGCCAUUAUGCUGGGGAUGUCACUUAUCAAACUGAACUGUUUCUGGACAAGAACAAGGACUAUGUGGUUGCUGAGCAUCAAGCACUUUUGAGUGCUUCAAAUUGUUCCUUUGUCUCAGGCUUGUUUACCUCCUUAGUUGAGGAUUCAUCCAAGACGUCAAAGUUCUCUUCAAUUGGUUCUCGGUUUAAGCAACAAUUGCAACAAUUGCUUGAAACUCUCAGUUCUACUGAGCCACAUUACAUACGCUGUGUAAAACCCAACAACCUUCUUAAGCCAGCAAUCUUCGAGAACAAAAAUGUUUUACAACAACUCCGCUGUGGGGGGGUCAUGGAGGCAAUCAGGAUAAGUUGUGCUGGAUAUCCUACUAGAAAAGCUUUUGAUGAAUUUAUAGACCGAUUUGGCCUCCUUGCACCUGAAGUUUUGGAUAGGAGUACUGAUGAGGUCAAUGCUUGUGAGAGACUUUUAGAGAAGGUGGGCCUAGAAGGCUAUCAGAUUGGUAAAACAAAGGUCUUCCUUAGGGCUGGCCAAAUGGCGGAAUUGGAUGCUCGUAGAAGUGAGGUCCUUGGAAGAUCGGCUAGUAUUAUUCAAAGGAAAGUUCGUUCUUAUUUGGCUAAAAGAAGUUUUGUUCUCCUCCGUAUUUCUGCAAUACGGCUCCAAGCUGCUUGCAGAGGACAACUUGCUCGACAUGUCUAUCAGGGCAUGCGGAGAGAAGCUUCCUGUCUGAUGAUCCAAAGGCAUUUGCGGAUGUAUCUUGCUAGGAAAGCAUUCAAAGAAUUGUAUUGCUCUGCUGUAUCUAUUCAGACGGGCAUGCGAGGGAUGACUGCUCGUAAUGAGUUACGCUUCAGAAGGCAGACCAGAGCAGCAAUUAUCAUUCAGAGCCAGUGUCGCAGAUUCUUGGCACGCUUGCAUUAUAUGAAGACAAAGAAAGCUGCAAUUACCACACAGUGUGCUUGGAGGGGAAGAGUCGCUCGUGCUGAACUACGAAAGCUUAAGAUGGCUGCAAGGGAAACAGGGGCCCUCCAAGCUGCCAAAAAUAAAUUAGAGAAGCAAGUUGAAGAAUUGACAUGGAGGUUACAACUGGAGAAACGCAUGAGGGCUGACUUGGAAGAAGCCAAAUCACAAGAAAAUGAAAAGCUGCAGUCUGCUUUGCAAGAUAUGCAAGUUCAAUUUAAAGAAACUAAGGCAAUGCUUGAGAAGGAACGUGAAGCUGUAAGAAGAGCAGAAGAAAAAGUUCCAAUAAUUCAGGAGGUUCCAGUUGUUGAUCAUGCCAUGAUGGAGAAGCUAACCAAUGAAAAUGAAAAACUUAAGGCUUUGGUGAAUUCACUGGAGAAGAAAAUUGAUGAAACAGAGAAAAAAUAUGAAGAGGCAAACAAAACGAGUGAAGAAAGGUUGAAGCAAGCUUUGGAGGCAGAAUCACAAAUUGUUCAAUUAAAGACUACCAUGCAAAGGCUUGAAGAAAAAUUUUCUGACAUUGAAUAUGAAAACCAAACUCUUCGGCGGCACCAGCUAAGUACACCUGUUAAAAAGCCACCAGAGCAUCCGCCAACUCUGGAACCUCAGAGAGUGGAAAAUGGUCAUCAUGUGAGCGAAGAAAACAGAGACAAUGAACCACAAAGUGCAACACCAGUGAAGAAGUUUGGGACCGAAUCUGAUAGCAAGUUGAGGAGAUCAGUAAUUGAACGUCAACAUGAGAGUGUUGAUGCUCUUAUCAACUGUGUUGUGAAAAACAUUGGGUUCAGUCAAGGAAAGCCUGUUGCAGCCUUUACCAUCUACAAAUGUCUUCUCCACUGGAAAUCUUUUGAGGCUGAAAGGACUAGUGUAUUUGAUCGUCUCAUUCAGAUGAUUGGUUCGGAAAUUGAGAACCAAGACAACAAUGAUCACAUGGCUUACUGGUUGUCAAAUACAUCUGCAUUAUUAUUCUUACUCCAACGAAGUCUAAAGGGUGCUGGUGCAACUGGGGCAACUCCACACCGGAAGCCACCUGCUCCAACAUCUCUCUUUGGGAGGAUGACCAUGGGUUUCCGCUCAUCCCCUUCUUUUGCAAACCUUUCUGCAUCUGCACUUGAUGUAGUACGCCAAGUGGAGGCUAAGUACCCAGCAUUACUUUUCAAGCAGCAGCUUACAGCCUAUGUGGAGAAAAUAUACGGCAUCAUUCGAGACAACUUGAAAAAAGAGUUGUCAUCAUUCAUUUCUUCGUGUAUCCAGGCACCAAGAACGUCAAAGGGCGUACUAAGAUCUGGGCGGUCCUUUGGGAAAGAUUCUACCGCGAGUCACUGGCAGAGCAUUAUUGAUAGCCUUAGCACUUUCCUUAGCACAUUGAAAGAAAAUUUUGUGCCUCCUAUUCUUGUCAAGGAGAUCUUCACUCAGACUUUCUCAUAUAUUAAUGUACAACUAUUUAAUAGUCUUCUUCUACGCCGUGAAUGUUGUACAUUCAGCAAUGGGGAGUAUGUGAAAUCUGGAUUGGCUGAAUUGGAGCUAUGGUGUUGUCAAGCAAAAGAAGAGUAUGCAGGCUCAUCUUGGGAUGAACUUAAGCACAUAAGACAAGCUGUUGGCUUCCUGGUCAUACAUCAAAAGUAUAGAAUUUCUUACGAUGAAAUCACCAAUGAUCUGUGCCCUAUCCUGAGUGUUCAACAGCUGUAUAGAAUAUGCACUCUCUACUGGGACGACAACUAUAAUACAAGAAGCGUAUCUCCAGAUGUAAUUUCCAGUAUGAGAGUACUUAUGACCGAGGACUCCAACAAUGCUGUCAGCAACUCAUUUUUGCUGGAUGACAAUUCCAGCAUCCCCUUCUCGGUCGAUGACCUCUCUACGUCCCUGCAAGAGAAGGAUUUCACGGAUGUCAAACCAGCAGACGAACUUCUUGAGCAUCCUGCCUUCGAAUUUUUACAUGAGUGAGGUUAAGGAUACUUGGUCAUGAUUUUCUCUUGUUUUCUUAAGGUAGGCAGUAGUAAUUCAAAUUCUAUUGCAUUUGUUGUUGUAAAUCUUUCUUUCUUUUUUUCCUUCCCUGUUUUAUAUCCAUGCCCCUUCUGUAAAAUUGUUUAUUUAUUCUUUUAUUUGGGCAUUCAAAAUGUAAAAUCCUCGUCAUUGAAAGGGGGAAGCAAUACAUGGAAGUGGGUGUGUAUUAUUUUUUCAUUUUUUUCCUUUGUCUUUGUUUCUUCUGCCAUUCUAUGCAGGAAGAUAGAUAAUAGGUGUAUACUGUCUUGUAGUGGUGGCUGAGCAAAUUGCUAUCUCCACCAAUUUUUUCUUUGUACAAAGAAACAAUAUAUACAACCAUUAAUACAUAAUUUUGAGAUGUCUUUUGGCUGAGA